ACGCGAGAACCCCGUACCUCGCUCUUAGCAUCAUUCCACGCUCGUAGGAAGACGUGACUGAAGCUGCUCUUGGUUAUCUCAAAUUCCGGUAACGGAGCCGUUUCUCUUAUUUUAGUGUAAGCAUAUUAUGGCUGACCAAGAAAUGGAGCAUCAAGAUUUUACCGAAGACAAUUAUCAGGGUGGUGAUUUCCAAGAGAAUGGCGUUAAUAAUGGAGAAGGCGCCGACGGACAGGAAGGUGAUGGCGGCCAAGAUAGUGGAGCUGCCGAUGCUCCUGGCCGCGAUGACGACAGAAAACUUUUCGUUGGCGGCCUGAGUUGGGAAACAACUGAAAAGGAGCUUCGUGAAUAUUUCACCAAAUUCGGCCCCAUUGAGAGCAUUAACGUAAAAACCGACCCGGCCACUGGCAGAUCUCGCGGAUUUGCUUUCCUCGUAUUCAACAGCGCUGAAACCAUCGAUAAAAUCAUCAACGUAGCGGAACACACAAUUAACGGCAAGAAGGUGGACCCUAAGAAGGCUAAGGCUCGUCACGGUAAAAUCUUCGUCGGCGGUCUCAAGCCCGAGCUCACAGAUGACGAGAUCAAGAAUUUCUUCUCGCAAUACGGCACAAUCGUCGAGGUUGAGAUGCCAUUUGACAAGCAAAAGAACCAGCGCAAGGGAUUCUGCUUCAUUACGUUCGAGCAGGAGUCUGUCGUGUCUGACCUGCUGAAGACGCCCAAACAGUCCAUCAACGGCCACCAAGUGGACGUGAAGAAGGCCACACCCAAGCCUGACCAGAUGAUGAUGCGUGGGGGUAUGAUGGGAGGUCGGGGCAUGCGUGGAGCUCGCGGUGGCAUGCGGGGCCGAGGGAGAGGAGGAUGGGGCCAGGGAUGGAAUGGUGGCUACGGUGGAUACGGAGGAGGAUAUGGUGGAUACGGCGGCGGUUAUGAUAGCGACUCAGCAGGCUAUGGCUAUUAUGAUGGCUACAGCGGUUACGGAGGAUACGGCGGUGGUGGCUACGGAGGCUAUGACUACACUGGCUACGGCUAUUCCAACUAUGGUAACUAUCAACUCCGUGUUCAGGCGGGGGGCAAGGGUACAGCGGGGGCAAGAGCCACAGGGGCGGGAGGCCGGCGAGGCACCAACCGUACUGAGACGUCGCGUAACUUCUCUUCCUCCUCAUCGCAGAACGCUAACUCCGUGCAAGAUAAGAACAACACCUGGUCUGACUCGGACAACAUUGCACCGCCACCGCCCUCAAACCACUAUUAGCGCAGCAAGUGUGUAAGGCAACAUUCUGUACAAAAACUUAAGCUAGUUCUCAACAUAGGAUAAUGCUUAGGAUAUUUAAAUGUUGUCUAUUACUUGUCAGUCAAGGAGCUGAUGCAAUAAUGUUUUAUUGCUAAAAAUAGUCAAAUUUCACGGCUAACAAAUCGACCUGCUGAUAUGAUUCACUCUUGCACCAUUAAUAUGGUGAAUUUUUUUGGACUAAAAUUGGAUUGUUGGCUAAUUUUGCUUUCUUGACGGUGUCCAAUAAAAUAAUUUUGUCUAAUUA